CUUCGCAAUAACCUUCUGUAUAAGAACGAGAUUUGCUGUCAAUUUUAACACUAUUUUAGUUUGAAGACUCCCAAAAUGAGCACUCGCGGUGUUAUUUACUUUGUGUUGUUUGUUGCGGUGAAUUGUAAAAUCCCCGAUUACAUAAACGUAUGUUCACAAAAUGAUAAAGACUUGGCCUCGUGCAUCACAAAUUCGAUAAAUUCAUUGAAACCUCGCCUCUUAUCUGGAAUACCAGAGCUGGGAGUCCCCGCACUGGAACCUUUGGAGCUCGACACACUACGCAUCCUCGGUCAAAGCUCACUCUCUACCAACCUAUCCGAUGUAAAAGCAUGGGGCGUUUCUGAAUUUAAAAUAUUAAAGCUCACACCCAAAAUUACCAAGAACUCGAGACACUUCAAAUUUGAAGUUCAUAUCCCUAAACUUCACGUUAGGGGUAAUUACGUAAUUAACACCAGAUUGGCGUUUAUUGAUUUGAAAGGUUCAGGACCGUUUAAUGCUAAUAUAACAAACCCCCACUUCGAAUGCGUCUUAUUGGGCAAAAAGGUACAGAUAAACGGUGAAAAUCACCUAAAAUUUGUGGACGUACAGUGCGUUAUAAAAUCCGUUGACAAUUCAAAAAUUUAUUUUGAAAAUCUGUUUAAUGGCGAUCCUGUUAUCGGAAAGGCUGUAAACGACGCCAUUGAUGACAAUUCUGAAGCACUGUUCACUGAAGCUAGGCCAAAUAUUGUAGAAGCCGUUACCAAAAAGCUUCUCGAGGUAGCAAAUCAGAUUACGCAAUCGUUUACCUUUGAGGAACUUUUUCCCUCGGACUACAUUAAGGUAUGCCCAAACAAUCAUCCAAACCUAGCUGAAUGUAUCAAAAACUCGAUAUUAGAGCUUUUACCCGUGCUCAAAAUCGGAAUACCCGAGCUGAAUAUUCCACCCCUAGAGCCGCUGGAAUUGGAUCGUAUGAGCUUUAAGAGCGGGUCAGAUGCGGCGAAUCUCGCUACGAACUUGACCGAUCUUCAGGUUUGGGGCGCUUCCAGCUUCCAUAUUUUGCAUUUAAGUGUAGGCAACACCAAGACCGGGAGAUCGUUCAGAUUUAAGGUCGAAGUACCUCACCUUUACGGAAUAGGUAAUUAUCAAAUUAACACAAAGCUGUUGUUUUUAGAUUUACAAGGCGAAGGUAAAUUUUACACAAACGUUUCUAAUUACCGCUUCGAUUGCACGCUAAAUGGUAACAUAAUACAGAAUGACGGGCGAAACCAUUUAUUAUUCGAGAAGCUGAUUUGUAAACUGCGAAUCGGCGAAAAAAAGUUGCGUUUAGAUAAUCUGUUCGCUCAAAACCCGAUACUUGCGGAAGCGACGAAGGGCAUUAUCGACGACAACACCGAAGUCUUCUUCAACGAAAUUCGACCGGGAUUGCAAGAUUCGCUAGAUCAAAAAUUUACCGAUUUGGCUAAUCGGAUAACCAUGGCGUUUACUUAUGAGGAAUUGUUUCCUUAAUUGCUAAUAUGCUAUCUUGAAGUAUUGCUAUUAAAUCGCCAUUUGAACCUAUUCCGCCCACA